GCGUUCUCUUUAGCCACACACUCCCGCCACCACCCCUUUACUUCCAUGCUUUCACCACUCUCAAUACGAUUACACUUACCCACUACCCUCACUUGCACACCUCAAAAUAUAUAAACCCACAAAAAUACCACAUACACACACUUCUAUACAUCUGUGUACAUCGAUAUAUUCUCUUGUCCAUCCGUAUACAUCUAUAUAUGCACAUGCCACUCCUCCUCCCUUCUUUGCUCCUUCCGUGGAACCACAUUACCACCUGGUCCCUAACCUUGUCACUAGUUUAUCUCUUCGAGUCACUUUUUCUUUUUCACUCUCCUCUAUUAUUUUCCUUCUGAUUGUUUUUUAAAUAUUUAUAUUGCCGUGCAAAUGAAUACGAAACUGUGAGCCACUAGCUAACCCCUAAUGCUGUGUGUGGAACAAGUCAUUUAAUUACUUCUUUGCCAACUAUAUUUCAUUGGACAAAUUAUUUUUGCUGACGUUAGAUAUUUCUGUAUAAACGUCAUUAAAUAUAAAUGAAUUUCAGAAACUGCCCCAUCUAAAUUCAGUUUAUUCACACCUUAUGGAAUCAUAUCAAUGACCAAUGAAGAUUCAUUUUGAAUGAAAUAUAAGCCAAAGAAGUGUUUAGUCGUAGUGUAACAUGACUGAAUACACCUGUGAUUGAUUAAAGCUCUUUUAGUUGUGACUAUCCUAUAUAUUUAUAUCCAGAACUAUGUUAACACAUGUAUCCUUCCUUUUUUAUGAUGAUGGAUUUUUGGUGGGGAGGGAUUGCUUACUAUAGAGCUGUGCUAGCAGUGAACCAUUACAACUUGUUAUAGAAGACUGUUUCCACCAGAAAGUUGGUUACCAGUUAUUUAUGGAUUCUCUAUGUUUUAGCCUGUAUAACAUACAUUAACCAUAUCUGCAUUUAUUAACAUAGAAAUAGAAGUGUUUUUGCCUACAGUAUGUGUGCCACUGGGAGAGGAUCCAGUUAGUAACAAAUAUUUUAGUGGUAAGUAAACAGUACAUUAUAUAUUUCCCUCACGCAUAAACAUAGGACCAUGGUAUCCAAAGCGAGAAACUGAACCACAAUAUAUUAUAGUUGCAGACAUUUCUCAGUUUCUAAGAAUUCUUCAAGAAUUAAUAUGGAGGAAAUUAGUGAGUUGGACACUUCUAACAUAACUGUUUUUAACAAUGUAGACUCAAUUACACAGACAAUCAGUGGUGAGAAACCUUUAGCAAGUGAAACAUUUAACGAAAAGACAUCAGUAAAUAGAAAUAUUUCUGAAUAUUGCUGUGAGAUUUGUAAGAAAACAUUCUCUUCGGAACAUGAAGUGUUCAGUCAUAAAGAAAUACACAAUAAGGAAAAGCCGUAUCAUUGUGAAGCUUGUGGCAAGUCUUUUGCAUAUAACAGCAAUUUAAUAAGUCACAGAAGAAUGCAUACUGGAGAAAAACCUUAUCAGUGUGAUGUGUGUGGGAAAUAUUUUGUAUCUAAGAGUAAUUUAACAAGUCACAAACGGAUCCACAGUGGAGAGAAACCGUUCAAGUGUGAAGUGUGUGGGAAAUCUUUUGUGAAUAAAAGUGAUUUAAACAGGCACAAACGAAUCCACAGUGGAGAGAAACCGUGUCGUUGUGAAAUCUGUGGAAAGUCUUUUAUCACAAACAGUAAGUUAACGGCACACAUCAGAGUACACACUGGAGAAAAAUUGUUUCACUGUGAAAUAUGUGGGAAAUUUUUCACUCAAAAUUCGAAUCUUGUCAUCCACAAGCGUAGGCACACGGGAGAAAAACCCUUCCAUUGUGAAAUAUGUCGGAAAUCAUUUAUCACUAAUGGUCUCUUAAAAACACAUAAACAAAUACACAGUGGAAAAAACCCAUUUCACUGUGGAAUAUGUGGGAAAUCUUUUGUGAAUAAAAGUGAUUUAAACAGGCACAAACGAAUCCACAGUGGAGAGAAACCGUGUCGUUGUGAAAUCUGUGGAAAGUCUUUUAUCACAAACAGUAAGUUAACGGCACACAUCAGAGUACACACUGGAGAAAAAUUGUUUCACUGUGAAAUAUGUGGGAAAUUUUUCACUCAAAAUUCGAAUCUUGUCAUCCACAAGCGUAGGCACACGGGAGAAAAACCCUUCCAUUGUGAAAUAUGUCGGAAAUCAUUUAUCACUAAUGGUCUCUUAAAAACACAUAAACAAAUACACAGUGGAAAAAACCCAUUUCACUGUGGAAUAUGUGGGAAAUCUUUUGUUGAUAAUAAUUAUUUAACAAGUCACAAAAGAAUACACUCUGGAGAAAAACCAUUCCAUUGUGAAAUCUGUGGGAAAUCCUUCUGUGUUAAUUCUGGUCUUAUUGUUCACAAGAGAAUUCACACUGGAGAAAAACCCUAUCACUGUGAAAUCUGUGGCAAAUCUUUCAUUGAGAAUUCUAAGCUUACAAUCCAUAUACGUAGACAUACUGGAGAAAAACCUUUCCACUGUGAAAUUUGUGAGGAAUCCUUUGUCUCUAAUUCUAAGCUUACAGUUCACCAACGUAUACACACUGGGGAACAACCAUACUGCUGUGAAAUAUGUGCGAAAUCUUUUGUGAAUAAUAGUGAUUUAAACAGACAUAGAAGAAUUCACAGUGGAGAAAAACCAUUCCACUGUGAAAUCUGUGGGAAAUCUUUCAUUAAUAAUUCUCAUCUUGUUAUCCACAAACGUAGUCACACUGGAGAGAAACCUUAUCAGUGUGAAAUAUGCGGGAAAUCUUUUGUUGAUAAUAGUUACUUAACAAGUCACAAACGGAUCCACAGUGGAGAGAAACCGUUCAAGUGUGAAGUGUGUGCGAAAUCUUUUGUGUCUAAUAGUUAUUUGACAAGUCACAAAAGAACACACAGCGGAGAGAAACCGUUCAACUGUGAAAUGUGCGGGAAAUCAUUCAUUACUAAUGGACUCUUAAAAACACAUAGAAUGAUCCACAGUGGAGAGAAACCAUUCCACUGUGAUGUGUGUGGAAAAUCUUUUAUCACUAACGGUCAUUUAGCAGCACACAGAAGAAUCCACACUGGAGAGAAACCAUUCCAGUGUGAAAUCUGUGGGAAAUCCUUUGUGAAUAAUUCGAAUCUUGUUAUCCAUAUACGUUGUCACACUGGAGAAAAGCCAUUUCGCUGUGAACUAUGUGAGAAAUCAUUUAUCUCUAACGAUUAUUUAAAAAGACACAAACAAAAACACAUUGGAAGGAAUCUUAUUAACUGUGAAACUUAAGAAAUCAUUUUCUUGCAACCCUAAACUUGUUUUACUAUGUUGUAUAAGGCAACAUCUAUCUUGAAAAAUAUCAGAAUUUCUUUAUUUUGGUGUUUGAGUUUUGUUAUCCACAAGAAAACACUAACCCCUUUUCAUACACUCUCCCCAGUUCUCUAAUACAAACUUCGGAUCUUUUCGGUUUGAACGGCAGUUUUUUCUAGUGGUGUCAUAUGAAAUUGUCACCCAUAAUUAUGACCCGUGUAUCGAUCUAUUGCAUUUCUAUCUGUUUUAGGGUUAGUUAGGGUUAGG